CUUUUAGUUCUUUUACUUGUAUUUGACCCUUUUAUAAAUUCAUAUUUUUGAUUCCUCAUGCCAUCAAAACUAUUGAGCUAUAGAUUUGCUCUAGGCUUGGUGGUUUUCCUGCUAUGUGGAAUUGCUAUUUCCGCCAUGAAAAGAGAAGAUUUCAAGACUUGCUCUCAAUCUGGUUUUUGCAAACGUAAUCGAGCAUACGCUGAUGAUGUACUAUCGCAAGGCAAUGACUUCCGGUCUCCUUACAAUGUUAUUCCAGACUCUAUUCAGCUCCAUACUGACAAAACUGAUAAGAGUCAUGUACAAGCAGACAUUGAAAAUAUGGAUACAAAGGUUAUAUUUACAUUGGAUGUGACUUUACUACAAGACAAUACAGCACGCGUUCGCAUCAACGAAAAGUCUCCUCUUCGACCUCGAUAUGAUGACCAUGCCAGAUAUACCUUACAACAGGAUCCUACUCCUCUACAACCGAAACAUAUGGACAAGAAUACCGACACCGGACUCGUCACCGUCACUUUGGAUGAUACACGUAAACUUAUCAUCUCUCCCUCUCCUUUCAAGAUGGAAUUUUUGGUCAAUGAUGCACCUGUCAUCACCUUGAACGAUCGUGGUUUUUUCAAUUUUGAACAUUUACGUACCAAGGAUACCCACACUCCAAGAAUGGUUACGCAAACAAACUCGGAAGGUGUAUUGGAAGAACAAGAACAUGAAUUGGAAAGCACCUUAUGGGAAGAAACAUUCAAAUCAUGGACUGAUCCUAAACCAAAUGGCCCUGAAUCUAUUGCUCUUGAUAUAUCUUUCAAUGGUUUUUCUCAUGUAUAUGGUAUUCCGGAACAUGCUUCAUCUUUAUCACUCAAGGAAACAAGAGGUGGUGACAAUGCAUAUACUGAACCAUACAGGCUUUACAAUUUGGAUGUCUUUGAAUAUGCUCUAGAUAGUCCUACUUCUCUUUAUGGUGCUGUGCCUUUUAUGAUCGCUCAUCGUAAAGAUAUUUCCGCUGGUAUAUUUUGGAUGAACCCUUCUGAAACUUGGAUAGAUAUCACUAAAGAAAAAUCAGAUCACAAGAACGCAAUUCACAAGAUUUUGGACUUUGGAAAAAAGAGUGUUGAUGGUGAUGAUACAACGACACAAACCCAUUGGAUCUCAGAAGCCGGUGUACUUGAUCUUUUUGUCUUCUUUGGUCCUACUACAAAAGAUGUUCUUCGUCAAUAUACCGGAUUGACUGGUGCUCCUGCUAUGCCUCAAAUGUUUGCUAUCGGUUACCAUCAAUGUCGAUGGAAUUAUAUCAACGAAAAAGAUGUAUUGGAAGUGGAUGCCAAAUUUGACGAAAACGAUUUCCCAUAUGAUGUGAUUUGGUUGGAUAUUGAAUAUACUGACGAUAAAAAGUAUUUUACUUGGGAUCAACCCAAAUUCCCCAAUCCAAUUGAAAUGGAAAAACAACUCGAUCACAAUGGCCGACAGUUGGUUGUGAUCGUGGAUCCACAUAUCAAACGUGCUCAUAAUUAUCGUAUCUGUGAUGAAGCUAUUAAGGAAAAACACUUUGUUCAACAACCAAAUGGCAAUGACUAUGAAGCUUGGUGCUGGCCUGGACAAUCAUCCUGGGUGGAUUUCUUUAAUCCGGAUACUCGUGAAUGGUGGAAGAAGCAGUUCUCUUUUGACAAGUUUACUGGUACUCGCGAAAAUGUAUACCUCUGGAACGAUAUGAAUGAACCUUCUGUAUUCAAUGGACCUGAAAUUACAAUGCAAAAAGAAAUGAUUCACCAUGAUAACUGGGAACAUCGCGUACUACAUAAUUUGUAUAGUCUAUUAUCGCAUGGAGCAACAACUGAUGGUGUACGUGAAAGAACAGAUAUUCAAAAAAGACCUUUUGUAUUAGCUCGUGGCUUUUAUUCUGGAGCUCAACGAUAUGGACCUGUAUGGACUGGUGAUAAUAUGGCUAACUGGGAUGCGCUUACUUAUUCAAAUCCUAUGGUAUUGACAAAUGGUAUGGGUGGCAUUCCUUUUUCAGGAGCUGAUAUUCCAGGUUUCUUUGGUAAUCCAUCUCCUGAAUUACUUGUACGUUGGUAUCAAACUGGUGUUUUUCAACCUUUCUUCCGUGGACAUGCUCAUAUCGACACCAAACGCCGUGAACCUUAUUUGGUGGAUGAACCUUAUCGAACCAUGACACGUGCUGCCCUUCGUCAACGUUAUGCGCUUCUUCCUUAUUGGUACACCUUAUUCUAUGAUACUUACAAGACUGGUACACCUAUGAUGCGUCCUAUGUUUAUGGAAUUCCCUCAAGAUGAAAAUCUAUAUACAACUGAAGAUCAAUUUAUGCUUGGUGAAGCUAUCAUGGUGAAACCUAUCACAAAGGAAGGUGCUACUACAACUGAUGUUUAUUUUGCUGGUGAUCAGCCUUGGUAUGAUUUAGAAUCACAUGAACGUAUAUUGCAUUCAGGAUGGAAACCAGUAGAUGCCCCUCUUGAAAAGAUUCCAGCUUAUUAUCGUGGUGGUUUUAUUGUCCCUCGUCGUGAACGUGUUCGCCGUAGUUCAUCAGCCAUGAAGUUGGAUCCAUUUACGUUAGUCAUUGCACUUGAUAGAAAGUCCAACGCACAAGGCACUUUGUAUCUCGAUGAUGGUGAAACUUAUGCUUUCCAACAAGGUAGCUAUGCAUACACUGAAUUCAGAUAUAACCGUGGUACUUUGAAUUGCAUUUCUUUACACGAUGAUCCUACAAGUUCUGCUGCUGUCUCUUUUGCUGACUCGAUGAAACAAUUGCGAAUUGAACGUAUCCAAAUCCUUGGUCUCAAGAAGAAGCCUGUACAUGUUCGAUUGGCCAAUGACAAGAAUGAUCAGUAUCAAGAUUUGGCUUUUGAAUAUAAUGAUACCAAGUCUUCUUUGUCCAUUCGUGAUCCUGGAGCCUCUGUGAUUGACUGUGCAUGGUCGAUCAAAAUAGAAUAGUGAUCUAGCAGUUGAUUUUGUGUCACUCAGUAUUCUAAACAAAUAAGAUGAUUGAUUUGACUUUUAUUAUUAUUAUUUUAUUGUGAUGAUCUUUUUAGAGUGAUGAUCCUAUGAUUGAUUAUUUUAUUACACUGUGUAAAUACGACAAUUUAGACAAAUGCAACAUUAUUUGAUAAAGAAUCUGUUUAUUACGAUGUAGUUCAAAAUGAGUGAAUUGUAAUAUAUAUAUAUGAAGUAAUGGAAGAUGAAUAAUAUACAGUCUAUAGGGAUCUAAUGUAACAAAAGAUAACAGGGAAAAAAAAAGGGGGAAUAGUAACAAAAAAAAAAAAAAAAAAA